UUUGGAGAGGGCUCGGGCUGCGGGGGUGGGACAUCCUUCUCCAGAGGACCCUCCCCCCUCCCCGCCAAAGGGCCGCCCACGAACCAGGAAUCCUGAGCUCUGUUGGGGGGGGUGGGGGGUAGUUCUCGGCAGGGAGCGUCACAGAGGCGGCGACAUCACAGGCGCCGGCCACCCCCCUCCCGCAGCCCCCAUCCAAAGAGUGCACUGGAGGUGGAGGGGCAGCAGCCACUAGCCCCACUAGCCCGCUUCCCCGGCAGAGCUGUGGUCAGCAUGGGAGUGACAGGUGCCAAUGGAUUUCCCUGCUGUGGCAGUGAUUCAGUGGACAUUGUGGAGACGAAGGAUGCCACAACCCAAUACCAGUUCCAGCUGGCACAAGAAGAAGAGGAGACUGACCUAAAGGAAGAGUUGCUAGAACUGGAACCCAUGCAGAAAGUGGACCUGGACCUUAACCCAGAUGAAGUGGAGCUGGAGCUCGAGCCAAAGCCGAAGGAGGACCCUGAGCAGCAGGAGUACAAGAUGGAGUCCCUCCAGCCCUACGAGCAGCAGGACAUCAGCCAGUGCAGCAUAACGUCCCAUCCCAGCUACCAGAGUUCCGCAGAGAACGACCGGGCAUCCGCCACCCAUCACUCCAUCUGCGUGCAGACCUCCAAGCACCUCUUCUGGGCAGACAAACUCAUCCAGACUUCAGAACACAGCCUGCAGCAGGCGGUCGGCAUGGAGCUGGACAAGAAAAGCACAGGUAAGGCCACCAACCACCAGGACCAGAAGUCCGACCCCAAGGACACCAAAGGCUCCAAGGAGCUGCUCCAGGACCCCAGCACCCAGCCAGCUUCUCCAGCCGCAGACUCCCAGCAGCCACCAGAGACCCACCUGACCUCCCCCAGUCCCUUCCCAGCCAUUGGCCUGGCAGAGCUGGUCAACUUUGCGUCUUCCUUGGCCUUGGCUUCAUCCAGCAAGAUGGACUUGCCCAACCUGGAGUGUAUGAUCAAAGCUCCCCCACAGAAGGCCCAGAUGCCUCCUGCAAAUGCUGCCAUGCCACCAGCCAUGGACCAGCCAGAGAAGGAAGAGCUCACUAUGGAGUUGUUCGAGAAACCACUUGAAGCCAGAGAGCCACAGAAAGCUUGGAAGCAGGAGGACAAGAACAUGCCCCACCCUUACCUUGACUUCAGCAAGCCAGAGGUGGAGAUGGCCACCAUCGAGGAGGAAGUGAAGCUUCUCCAGGCACCUGCCAUAUCCCUGGCCAUAUCCCCUCUGCCUCAAGGAGCCGUGAAAGAGCCUCCACUGAAGCCUCAAAGACUGCCCUUGCGGGACCCGGGAGAGGAGCAGCCCUGCAGGACGCAGAAGGAGAGGCCGCAGCAGACCCCUGCCCUGCGGACCCAGGUGGAGCCAGCAUCCGUCAGGGCCACAGGGGCUGAGCAGUCUCCCCAGAGGCCCAGGGAGUACAAGCGCCUUGCAGCUACCCAUUCAGUGCAGUCAGACUCAGGUUCUGGGUCUCAGAGCAGAAGCAGCUUUGCAGAGGAGAACCUGCUACCCAUGACACCCCGGCAGCUGGCAGCCUUCCAGGAGAUCUUCAAACUGUUCAGCUCCAGCCCGACAGGCACUGUGGACAUACGCAGCAUGAGAGCUGCCCUACGCAACGUGGGUAUCCAGCUGAACCCACAGGAGAUGCGUGAGGCUCUGCGGCAGGCAGACCUGGACGGUGAUGGAACUGUCAGCUUCAAAGACUUCCUGGGGGUCCUCACCGGCAGCUACCACCUGGCUCAGUGCUUGGGCCAGGUGAGGAACAGCCGGGUCUAUGACCUCCAGGGCCCGCAGACCCUGUUCUUAGAGAUUCUAUUCAAGCUGAUGAGCCAGGGCUUUGUCCCCCACAAGUUGGUACAGGAAGUGAUGAGCUACUACACCAAGAAGCAUCGGGCUUUUCGGCUGAACCCAGGCUGGAGGGGCCGGUGGCGUGGCCACAGUGGCUCCCGCGCUCCCGGGGGCCUCACCUUCUUCUGCCAGGCCGCGCGCCUCAGCGGCCUCUCCAGCAACGAGUUGGAGCUCUCGCUGCACAGACUAAACAAAGCGGGUGUGUGCAGCCCCUACGCUCAGAUCCCUAACUUGGCCAGGUGGACACCACCAGAACACAGGACGCGGAAGAGAGCCCCACGCCCUGUCGUCCGAGUUCCCAAGUCCUGCCAGCCCAGCAGCCACAAGCUUGGGCCCAGCCAGAGGUCUCUCAGCCCUGAGUUCGUGGGCCAGCCACCAGACUACGUGCAGCUUUGGAAGUUGGCUCCCUCGCCCCCAACUCUAGUGCAGAAGCAGCCCUUCUCCCCUUCGCCAGCCUGUUUGCAGAAACUUGCUGUGAAAAAUGUGUACAAGUAAACCAUUUGCGGAGAAAAACAG